AUGGGGUUGUUGCGGUUAGGGGACAUGUAUUUCGGAAUACCACAGUCCCAGGAGGAGCGGUACGGGGGAUUCAAUUUGCUUUGCUGCAUCCCUACUUUAAAGCAUCAAGUCAGGAACGGGGAUCUACUCACUGAGCGGCAGCAGGAAGGACCAUGUCGUGCAGGCGAUCUGCAGUGUCAUCUGGCCGCCAAGUUCUGCGAUGAUGUUCGCCCCACCUUGCUAUUGGCGGGCUCUCCUCUGACUGCCACGGAUGUCCUUCAGGAGGAUGUUUCUUUGGCCGUGAUUCGCCACACUUUAUCAGAAACGGCUGCCGUUGUGUUGCAGGCUGCUCGCACAGCAGUUUCUCGGGUAAAGGAAACUCAGCUGCAAGACCUCAAGACUAUCAUUAAGCCAGCUGACAUGAUGCUGGACGUGAUGGCUGCUAUUCUGGGCCUGCUCGGUUACAGAGAGCACUCGUGGCAUUCGAUCAGAAAGCUGUUAGGUUCACGUGACCUACUGUCAAGGCUUUUGGCCCUCCAGCCCCACCAAGUAAGCUUCGAGAGCCAGCUCGCAGUUCAGCAGAUUGUGGAGCGACAUGCCGACAGCUUUAGGCACGAGGUCAUCGUCAAGUACUCCACAGCUCUCGCACCUUUUGCUGCCUUGGUGAGGGCUUUCCUAGAGUGCUGGGCAGCUUGA